AUGCGCCGGCAAAGAAAUGUUUUUGUACGCUUCUCGAAUGAAGAAGAUUUCCUAAAAGCUUUAUCAAGGGAAAGCUAUGAUAUUGAAGGGGCUGCAUACCGUGUAUUUCAUUGGACAGUGGAGUUCCAAGAAGAUGAGGAACCUGCACAGGUGCCAGUAUGGCUUAUGCUACCUGGCCUUCCACCGAAUUUUUAUCAAGAAUCAUACCUUAGGAAUAUAGUGGCUCCGAUAGGUACAUUUUUACGUAGGGAUAAUGCAACGAGGUGUGCAACAAGAAUUGAUGGUGUGCGAGUUUGUGUCCUUAUGAAUAUUGAUCAAGAGCCAAUAUCUUCCUUUUGGAUUGGAACGCCAAGACAGCUUGCAAGUAUAUUCCAAGAAGUUGAAUAUGAAACUCUGCCAGCCUUUUGUUCUUGUUGUAAAGUGCAAGGAUAUAAUCUAAAAACAUGUAAGACUAAGUUCAACGAAGGGAAAGACUACAAGAACUUGAGGAAUAUUAAAUCUAACCGAGUUUGGGUUCCUAAGGAGAAGGAGGAUGCGGUUAAUACGGCAAAAGAUUCAUCAGGUAAGGCUAUCGAGACAUCCUCUAUUUUGGUAAUUCAUAAUGUAGAGGAAAAUGAGUUAAAUGAUGGAAGUAAUGAAGGGAUGGUGUCUUUAGAUGCUGAGAUUGAUAAGGGAGAAACUAAGAGUGAUCGGGAAGCAGUUGGGGCUUUAGAAUCUGGGAUAGAUGUGACAAUGUUGGCAGAAUCAAGUGGAGCGGAAAAAGACUUGGUUUUGGUUAUGGGUAAUGACCAGGUUCUGCAACCUGUGGUGGGGUCUGAUAUGGAGGGUCUGGACGUUAACUCUAAGGAGCAAAUAGGAGGUACAGGGGCUUCUAGUUCGGAGGACUUGCAACUGGUAGUUUUUGACCAAGAUAAUCUUGUUAUGGAAUCAAAAUCUGAGGAUGAGAUGGAGGUGGCGCAUCCAGCGAAGGAGAAGGACGAAAAUUCUGAUUCUGAGUUAUCAAAAAAGAAAGCUGGGAAGCUUUGGUGCUUCUGGGUUGCUGGGAUACAGGUGGAUGUUGUGGGAGGCUCGGAUCAGUAUUUAGCUCUGAUGAUUAAUUCAAACUUUUUGAUAUCAGCUGUAUAUGCAAAGUGUCGGUAA